CGCGUGCCUGUGACAUCAUCUGGGCGCGCCAGCGGCCGGAGUUGGCGCGAAGGGGGAUGGAGAUUGGCGCCGUCCCACUAACGGGAUAAACCGUCGCCCGCAGCAUGGACAUCCGAAAAUUCUUUGGGGUUGUAUCUACUGGGAAGAAAAAUGAAUGUGAGGCAGCAAAAAAGACUGAGAAAACCAAAAACGGGGAAGGAACUUCAGCUGGAAAGAAAAAGAGAAAGGAAAUCAAAGUUGGUGAAAAAUUCAUCUAAUGAAGAUGAUACCCCCAAAAAACAGACAAAGAAGAAAAAAAGGAUCAUCUAUGAUUCAGAUUCAGAAGAGGAGACUCAGUCAGUGAAAAAGUCCAAGAAGCUGCCUGAGAGAAAACAAUCAUCUUCAAAACCUGAUACAGUUCUAAAGCAGGAUCCUGUUGUUUAUGUUUCAGAGACAGAUGAAGAAGAUGACUUUGUUAAGAAAACUUGCUUGAAACUGAAGGAAAAUGGGGCGUCAGCACACAGCUGCCAAGGAACAGCAGGAGUGAGAAAGGAAGAUGCAAAACCACAAGCUAAAAGUAAACUGUUAUCUCCAGUAAAGCUGACACCAACUUCAGCACUUGAUUAUUUUGGAACUGGUAGUGUCCAACAAUCAGAGAAGAUACUCGUAUCAAGCAAAAGAAAAGAGCCUUCUCAAAGCAGAGAUUCCACACUGGAAGAUGAGGCCAUUGCUAAGAUGUUGCAGCUUGAGGAGGAUGCAGAGCUGGAGAGACAGCUGCAUGAAGAUGAAGAAUUUGCUAGGACUUUGGCUAUGCUGGAUGAAACACCAAAGGUGAAAAAGGUGCGUAACGAUCCAGAAGUAAAGUCAACAACUUUGGUUACCAAGAUGAGUCCAAACACAGCAGACAAACAUAAGCAGUCUCAAAAAGCAAGCUCAAUACAUGAUGGAAUGAAUUACGAUAAGAAGGAACAAACUAAAUCUGAAAGUACAAGAGAAUCUUGUUCACGUCCAGAACCAUCAGUUGAUAAAGCUAUGAAUAAGACCUUGCCUUUGAAACCUAGUUCCAAGCUGGUGGCUCUGAAGCAAAAAGAAGAAAGCAAAAAAAAGGAGAGAGAGAGUCUGAGUGUAGCAGCAAGAGAGAGAGAAACUUCAGAAAAGGAAGAAAAAGCAACACCAAAGAAAGAGAGAGUUUCUCCCAAAAAGCCUGAGUCUGCAAGUCCUGAAGACUCUGAAAAGAAACGAGUUAACUACCAGGCCUAUCGAAGCUUCCUCAAUCGAGAGGGUCCAAAAGCGUUGGGGUCCAAAGAGAUACCACAAGGAGGUGAAAACUGCUUAGAAGGCCUUACAUUUGUAAUUACCGGAGUCCUGGAGUCUAUUGAACGAGAUGAGGCCAAGUCUUUGAUUGAACGGUAUGGAGGAAAAGUAACUGGCAGUGUCAGCAAGAAGACCAAUUAUCUUGUUAUGGGUCGUGACUGUGGUCAGUCUAAAUGUGAUAAGGCAUCUGCUUUAGGGACAAAGAUUAUUGAUGAAGAUGGCCUAUUUGAUCUGAUUCAAACUAUGCCUGGCAAAAAGUCCAAAUACGAAUUAGCAGCUGAAGCAGAGGUAAACAAAGCAAAGUCACAAGGGGAGAAGACCCCACAGAAAGCUGGUGCUGCCAAGAAAAAAAAUAGCUCAGCUAAGAAAGAAACUGAUUCUAAAAAAAAGAAAUCAACGCCUGGAAAGGGGGGCAGUCUCAAAGCAUUCAAGAAAGAAAAUGCUGAAGUGCGGAAAGUUCUGGACUUUAUGCAGCAAGCAGCGGAGACAAAACAUACCUCAAAUGCUGAGGAGACUUUUGUUUCUGAGAUAAGCACAGGUGGAACAGAGGGCUUGCUGUGGGUGGAUAAAUAUAAGCCCACGUCAGUUAAAACAAUAAUCGGACAGCAAGGAGAACAGAGCUGUGCUAACAAACUGCUACGAUGGCUCCGGAACUGGCAUGAGAAUACAUCCGAGAACAAACAUGCAAAACCCAGUAAAUUUGGAGGCAGAGAUGAUGGUACUAAUUUUAAGGCAGCAUUGCUCUCGGGUCCACCAGGUGUUGGCAAAACUACUACAGCUGCUUUAGUUUGUGAGGCAUUGGGCUACAGCUAUGUGGAGCUGAAUGCCAGUGACACUCGUAGCAAGAACAGUUUGAAAGAAGUGGUGGCUGAAUCUCUAAACAAUACCAGCAUCAAAGACUUCUGUUCCGGAACUUCCCCUUCAGUUAGCACAAAGCAUGUACUGAUCAUGGAUGAGGUGGAUGGAAUGGCAGGCAAUGAAGACCGAGGAGGAAUACAGGAGUUAAUUGGAUUGAUCAAGUUUACAAAGAUACCUAUCAUCUGCAUGUGUAAUGAUCGGAACCAUCCCAAAAUUCGUUCUCUGGUCCAUUAUUGUUUUGAUCUUCGUUUUCAGAGACCUCGGGUAGAACAGAUUAAGGGUGCCAUGAUGUCUGUUGCAUAUAAAGAAGGUUUAAAGAUCCCACCACCUGCGAUGAAUGAGAUAAUCAUGGCAGCAAAUCAGGACAUCAGGCAGGUUUUGCACAAUCUUAGUAUGUGGUGUGCAAAAGAUAAAUCUUUGACAUAUGAUAAGGCCAAAGCUGAUGCCAGCAAAGCCAAAAAGGACAUCAAACUGGGGCCCUUUGAUGUCGUCCGGAAAGUGUUUGCGGCUGGUGAGGAGACUGCUCAUAUGUCUCUUAUAGACAAAUCGGACCUUUUCUUCCAUGACUACUCUCUAGCACCUCUUUUUGUUCAGGAAAAUUAUGUACAUGUGAAGCCUGUCGCUGCUGGAAAUAACUUGAAAAAGCAUUUGAUGCUGCUGAGCAGAGCAGCAGAUAGCAUCUGUGAUGGUGAUCUCGUUGACACUCAGAUUCGCAGGAAGCAGAACUGGAGCCUUCUUCCUACGCAGGCUAUUUAUGCCAGUGUUCUUCCGGGAGAGCUGAUGAGAGGUUACAUGUCCCAGUUUCCUAACUUCCCAAGCUGGCUGGGGAAAUUUUCGUCUACAGGCAAACAUGAGCGUAUCAUUCAAGAACUGGCAAUGCACAUGAGUCUCAGAACCAACACGUGCAAGAGAACAGUGAACGUAGAGUAUUUGUCAUAUUUGCGGGACGCAAUUGUCAGACCCUUGACAAGUUUAGGAGUAGAAGGUGUGCCAGAUGCUGUAACAUUUAUGGACUCCUACUGCUUGAUGAAAGAUGAUGUUGAAAAUAUCAUGGAAAUAAGUAGCUGGGGAGGCAAACCUAGUCCCUUCUCUAAACUGGAUCCCAAGGUUAAAGCAGCUUUUACACGCACCUAUAACAAAGAGGCCCAUCUGACUCCAUAUGCACUGCAUGUAGUGAAGACAUCUAAACGGCGAGCAGGAUCCACUCUGACUUCAGAACUGAAUGAAGAAUUGAAUGCUGAUGAACUCCAGUCUGAGGAAGAGCAAGAUACUAUUGAAAAUGAUGCAAUGAUCAAGCAAAAAAAGACAAAGUCUUCCAAGGUGUCAAAAGCAGAAAAAAGUGAAGAACCAAAAAUGGAAGGGAAAAGAAAAGUAAAAAUGAGGCGAUGAACUGGGUUGCUCAGUACUGACAAGUAUACUGGCCAACUGCUCUUGCUCUGGACACAGCUUUGCAUACCUGAUGGAUGUCCCUCUGGCAAUGACGUGGUUCAGUGUAAGGGUGGAACCAGCAAUUGGCAAAUGCUCCUCUUAUAGAGGUGAUGUGGCUGCUUUUGCUCUCCCACCAUGCAGUGGUAAUAUAAUUCUUGUUAACGUGCUAUAAGUUGCAAGAAAUACAGUGGGCAGGAGGCAGGCCAUGUCUGCUGCUGGAAAACAGUCUAAAUAAGCAUCUAGGUUAAUGGCAUUUUGAAAGAGACUUUAUAAACUGCUUGGCAUUUGUACUAAGUUGGACUUCUAACCUUUUUACUGACUCCCUGCUAUUAUGUGGUGAAAGCUUGUACAUAGUACAUAAUGCAAAAAUGACAUUUGCAUAUUUGUUUUUGUAUGUUAUGAAAAAUGAAUAAUGUGUAAGAUUGCAGUAAAACUAGUUUCACAACA